UCCAAACGUGGAGGGGUGCUGGACCCAACAACCCUGUUCCAUUGCUUCGUCCCCGGUCUUUGGCCAGUGGACCGGUCCUGGGGGUGGGGUGGUGUCGACCCCCGCAGUUGAGGGAGCUGUCUAGAGGGUCGGUUGCAUCCUCCCACCAACCGACCAGGAGCUAGAGAUGCUCUCAGGCUGUCGUUUUGCCAAGUGUGAGAAGGCGGCUUGGAGAUGGAAAACUUCAUUCUGUACGAGGAGAUUGGCCGGGGAAGCAAGACCGUUGUCUAUAAGGGACGCCGGAAGGGAACCAUCAAUUUUGUAGCUAUUCUUUGCACUGAUAAGUGCAAAAGGCCUGAAAUAACCAACUGGGUGCGCCUCACCCAUGAAAUUAAACACCAGAACAUUGUCACUUUUCACGAAUGGUAUGAAACCAGCAACCAUCUCUGGCUGGUCGUGGAACUCUGCACAGGUGGCUCCUUAGAAAUGGUAAUUGCUCAAGAUGAACACCUCCCAGAAGAUGUUGUGAGAGGGUUCGGGCUCGACCUGGUUACCGGACUGCACCAUCUCCAUCAGCUUGGCGUUGUCUUUUGUGACCUUUCUCCUGGGAAGAUACUCUUGGAAGGGCCCGGCACACUGAAGUUCAGUAAUUUUUGCCUGGCCAAAGUGGACGGCGAAAAUUUGGAAGAGUUCUUUGCUCUGAUGGCAACCGAAGAAGGCGGAGGUGAUAGCGGCGAAAAUGCUCUGAAGAGAAACAUGAAAAGUAGAGUCAGAGGGUCACUUGUAUAUACGGCACCGGAGAUCGUAAAGGGCGGUGACUUCUCCAUCGCCAGCGACCUCUGGUCUUUAGGCUGUCUGCUGUAUGAGAUGUUCGCAGGAAAACCUCCAUUUUUCUCAGAAAGAGCUUCAGAAUUAAUUGAAAAGAUUUUUUAUGAAGAUCCUUUGCCACCUAUUCCAAAAGAUUCUUCUCUUCCUAAAGCUUCUUCGGAUUUUAUUAAUUUGCUUGAUGGUUUACUUCAGAAAGAUCCUCAGAAAAGAUUAACUUGGGCAGGUCUACUGCAACACUCAUUUUGGAAGGAUGCUUUCACUAGAAAAGAUCAGGACUCGGGCGCCGAGGAUUCCGGCAUCAGAAACCUGGUGGAGUGCUCUGGGUCCCAGGGUCCCAGGGAGCUUCUGAAGAGCCCUCCGAGUGGACAGGCCCUGGGGGAGAGGAGCGGCCAGCGACCGCGUCACUCUUUGAGACCAGAAAACCCAGCCGAGCUGCGGCCCAAGAACACUCUCGGGGGUCAACAGACCGAGUCCAUGUUUCUUCUCAGUUCCCGCCCCACUCCAAGGACCAGCGCGGCAGUGGGCUUGUGUCCUGGCGAGGAUGCCGUGCAGCACGCCCCGCAGAAGGCCUCUCCUUUGACCAAGACCACCAGUGGACACCUGAGUCAGCAGGACAUGGAGUCCCAGAUGAGAGAGCUUAUCUACACAGACUCGGAUCUUGUUGUCACCCCGAUUAUUGACAACCCGAAGAUAAUGAAACCGCCACCGAUCAAGUUUGAUCCCAAAAUACUGCAUCUGCCAGCACACUCAGUGGAGAAGCUGGCACUGCUCAAGGACCAGGCGUGGAACGACUUCCUGCAGCAGGUGUGCGCCCAGAUCGACUCCACCGAGAAGACCGCGGGGGCCUCCCGGCUCAAGCUGAACCUCCUUUGCUAUCUGUGCGCGGUGGCUGGUCAGAGGGAGGUGGCCACCAGGCUCCUCCACUCCCCGCUGUUCCAACUGCUAAUCCAGCAUUUGCGAAUAGCCCCAAAUUGGGAUAUACGGGCCAAGGUCGCUCGAGUGAUCGGCUUACUGGCCUCACACACGGCUGAACUUCAAGAAAACGCACCUGUUAUUGAGGCAAUUACCCUCCUGACUGAGUUAAUUAGGGAAAACUUCAGGAACAGCAAAUUAAAACAGUGCCUGUUACCCACCCUCGGGGAGCUGAUCUACCUUGUGGCCACCCAGGAAGAAAAAAAAAGGAGCCCCAGAGAAUGCUGGGCUGUCCCCGUGGCGGCGUACACAGUGCUAAUGAGGUGUCUUCGGGAAGGGGAAGAACGUGUCGUGAAUCACAUGGCCGCAAAGAUCGUCGAAAACGUCUGCACCACCUUCUCUGCCCAGGCCCAGGGCUUCAUCACAGGGGAAGUCGGGCCUGCCCUGUGGCACCUCUUCAGACACUCCACGGUGGAUUCUCUCAGGAUAACAGCUGUCUCGGCCUUGUGCAGGGUCACGCGCCACUCCCCGACUGCCUUCCAGAACGUGAUCGAGAAGGUGGGCCUGAACGCUGUCAUGGACGCCCUGGCCUCCGCCAUCUGCCGAGUUCAGCAGUACCUGUUGACCCUGUUCACCGCCAUGUUGUCCUGUGGAAUUCAUCUUCAGAGACUGAUCCAAGAAAAGGAUUUUGUGUCUACAGUCAUCCGUUUACUUGACAGCCCGUCAGCUUCCAUUAGAGCAAAAGCCUUCCUGGUUCUUUUAUACAUUUUGAUUCAUAACCACGAGAUGCUGCUGCUCAGCUGCCAAGCAAGGCUGGUGAUGUACAUCGAGAGAGACAGUAGGAAGACCUCUCCAGGCAAGGAGCAGCAAAGCGGCAACGAGUACCUGUCCAAGUGCCUGGGCCUUCUCAUCCGUCACGUCGUGCAGGAGCUGCCGCGGGUCCUGGGUGACAUUGUCAACGCCUUGGCUAACGUGUCUGGUCGUAAACACCCAUCGACGGUCCAAGCGAAGCAGCUGAAGAUGUGUCUCCCCCUGAUGCCCAUAGUGCUUCACCUCGUCACCUCUCAGGUGUUUCGACCUCAAGUCGUCACGGAAGAGUUCCUUUUCAGUUACGGGACUAUUCUUAGUCAUAUUAAAUCGGUGGACUCGGGAGAAACUAACAUAGAAGGAGCCAUAGGACUGGUGGCAUCGGAAGAAUUUAUCAAGAUCACCUUGUCGGCUUUUGAAGCAAUAAUACAGUAUCCUAUUUUAUUGAAAGACUAUUGCUCUACGGUCGUAGAUUAUAUCCUGCCCCCCUUGGUCUCCUUGGUUCAAAGUCAAAAUGUGGAAUGGAGACUCUUCAGCUUGCGGUUGCUCUCAGAAACCGCCUCCCUGCUGGUGAGCCAGGAGGCUGAGGACGGCAGGAAGGAGGCGGGUGUCGAUGCGGACGGCAACCUUCUGGCUCUCAUCAGAGAUGGCUUACUUCCCCAGUAUGAGUCCAUCCUCACGGAGCCUGACCCAGUACCAGCGUACGCUCUGAAACUGCUGGUGGCCAUGACCGAGCACAGCCCAGCUUUCACCAGACUCGUGGAAGAAAGCAAACUGAUCCCGGUCAUUUUUGAAGUCAUUCUGGAGCAUCAGGAGAACAUUCUGGGGAACACCAUGCAGAGUGUGGUUGCGCUGCUCAGCAACCUGGUUGCCUGCAGAGACUCGAACAUGAUGCUGCUGUACGAACAAGGACUGGUUCAUCAUGUCUGUCACCUGUUCACCGAAACGGCCACCCUGUGCUUGGAUGUGGACAACAAAAACAGCAACGAGACGGCAGGCGCGCUGCUCUGCUCUCUGCUGGACAUCCUGCACGGCAUGCUGACCUACACGUCCGGUGUCGUCCGGCUGGCCCUGCAGGCUCAGAAGUCUGGCUCAGGAGGCGACACGCAGGCCGCAGAAGACCUGUUGCUGCUCAGCAGACCCCUGACCGCCCUCAUCAGCCUGCUCAUUCCGCUGCUUCCUGCCGAGGAUCCUGAGAUUUUCGAAGUCUCCUCCAAGUGUCUGUCUAUGCUGGUUCAGCUCUAUGGAGGGGAAAACCCAGACAGCCUGUCUCCUGAAAACGCAGAAGCCUUGGCCGACUCCCUGCUGUCCAAGGAGGACCCGAAGGAGCAGAAGCUUCUGUUGAGGAUUCUCCGAAGAAUGAUCACCGCCAGCGAGAAGCACCUGGAGAGCCUCAGGAACGCCGGGAGCCUCCUGCGGGCUCUGGAGCUGCUGGCCCGGGCGGGCAGUUCGCCCGCUGACGGUGCCGUAGCCGCCUUGGCCCUGGAGAUCCUCCAGGCCGUUGGACACUAGGCAGGAAGGCACGGAACGCAAGCCCACCCUGGGACUCCGGCCCACGGCGACACAGGCCAGGUCAGCGCCCAAACACAUUCGCCACCCACAGGUGUAUUUGGACCUAAUAAAGUCAGCUGGU